AUGAGUGUUCCUUCUAUUCGGUUUAAGUGCACUAUGAACAAUACGAUUCUUGAUGUCCUAAGAAGCCGUGGAUGGAUUGAGGUUUGCAGAGAAGAAGAAUGUGAUUUCUUUUGGUGUGAUCCCAUGACAAUGAAAGAGUUAUUUGAUCACGGAUUAAUGGGCAAUAUAACGAAGAUUUGUCAUUUUCGAAAUCACUUUGAGCUUACACGUAAAAAUUUAAUGGUUAAAAAUUUGAAACGUUUAAAACGUAAAUGGGAAAAGGAAUAUAAUAAACAAGAAAGUCAAAUAUUGAAUUUUUUCCCAACAACAUUUGAACUUCCAAUGGAAUAUCAUAUGUUUAUUGAAGAAUUUCGUAAAUAUCCUGGUUCUAUAUGGAUUAUGAAACCGGUUGCUAAAUCACAAGGCAAAGGAAUAUUUCUAUUUCGUAAAUUAAAAGAUAUUGAAGCAUGGAAACGUACGGGAAUGAAAUUUGAACAACAUACUGUUGGUGAUAUACAAAAUCGUGAACUACCUGAAACUUAUGUUGUUUCAAGAUAUAUCACUAAUCCAUAUUUAUUAUGUGGACGUAAAUUUGAUUUACGUGUUUAUGUUCUUGUUACAUCGUUCAAUCCAUUGAAGGUUUGGGUUUAUAGAGAUGGAUUUGCUCGUUUUUCCAAUACGAGAUUUUCAUUAGAUUCUAUUGAUGAUCAAUAUAUACAUUUGACAAAUAUUGCUGUACAAAAAACUGCACCUGAUUAUGAUGCUGAAAAAGGUUGUAAAUGGUCUAUUGGUCGUUUACGUCGACAUCUUUUAUCUAUAUAUGGCUAUAAAAAAGUUGCCGAGUUAUUUCAUCAAGUGGAUAUAAUAUUUAUUGGAAGCUUAUUAAGUGUUCAAAAGAUUAUUAUCAAUGAUAAACGUUGCUUUGAAUUAUAUGGUUAUGAUAUAUUACUUGAUGAUAAUUUACGACCAUGGUUAUUAGAAAUUAAUGCAUGUCCAUCAUUGACAGCUUCAUCUAAAGAAGAUUAUACAUUAAAAACUAAUCUUUUGAAUGAUAUGCUAGACGUUGUGGAUUUGGAGGGUCGUUUAACAAGUUUUGAGAAACGUGUUGGCGAUUUCGAUCUGAUCUGGGAUGAUGGUCCUAUUCACCCUACUUCUGAUACUACAGAAGGUUGGUUAAUCAAUGCACUGAACACCAUAAAUCCGUUUAAUUCAGAAAAUUCAUCGGAAUCAAUACAUGUGUUUGGACCUAAUGGACUACCUAGACUUAAUUCAUUUCUUGGCUGUACUUCACGUCAAUCAGCUAGAUAUAAGUUGGACUCAAAAUGUUAG